AUGUGGCGUUUUGGUAGCUGCCAGUCUAAAAAUGAAACAAAAGAAGUAGCUAAAACCAGGAAUACACACGUAUCCUCGAGUGUUGUUUUUUUCUAUGUAAAUAUUUAGGUUAUUUGGUCAAAUUUAUUGUCCGAUUGCUGAAUUCAAUAGAGUCAGCUAAUUGGUGUGCAAUCGGCAGCUCUACGGAGGAACAACGAACCGGUACUGCGACAUUUAAAAUUAUUUGGAACGUAAUCAUCAACACAGAAGACGUCUACAGCCAGAUGAAGCUUUAUGGAAGAAGCUCCUAUGAGUGAACUCAAGCAACUGGCACAACAAUGAACGGUGGAGUUCGUAAAACAACAAAAAGGGAAAGUAAAAAGAAAUGCACUGACACUGCUAUUCCAGAAGCUCACUCAGCUCCAGCUGUGAAGGAGUCGGAUGCUGUUGCAGGCAGCGAUUUGCCGACUAGAAGCCUCUCCUCUCUGAGUUCCCCUACAAGCACUUCAAAAAGAUGCAAGAGGCAGACAGCAAAGACACCACGUCCCAGCCUGACUUCCACACCCGUCCGCUACUCCUCAAGAAAAACUUUGCCUAUCAUUUCAAGCCCACCUCUCGAAGACCAAGAAAAGGAUCCUCCGUGUAUUGAGCUCAUCACUAUUAAACCGACGUCAGAAAUGGAUUCUGCAACAUCCUGCUCAAAGUCUAACAGGAGAAAAAGAAAGUUUGAUGCCUCUCAGCCAAGACAGCUCAAGGCACAGAUGCAGGCCAACGGUUCUCCAGUCAAGCGUCGACGUGGCAGACCUCGGAAAAAUCCGAAUGGGAAUUUAUCUGGGGAAACCAGCGUUUGGUCAUCCAUACGAGAACGACCACGUUUUGAACUGGCAAUGUCUGAUGCAACAGAACAAGACGAGUCCUUGUCCUCAGACUUGUCGAUAGAACUGAGUCCAGAAAAGCCCCAGCUGCCCUCAUUACCCCCUCAGGAGGAUCAGGGCAGCGAGGACGAAGAGGAUAACUUUCCAAGUUACUUGACCCAAAGAGACAAAAAGUCUUUAGCCAUCACAGAGGGAACAUUUGCAUGGUGCAAAUGUCGAAACUAUCCAUUCUGGCCCUCACUGGUGAAAAGCGUGAACCGUCGACAGAGAAAAGCAAGCAUUAUGUUUGUUGAUGAUGAAAGUAUUCAGAAGAAGAAAGGGUUCACUGUUGCUCUGAAAUCCUUGAAGCCUUUUGACUGUGAAGAGGCAAAUGAGCUGAUUUGUAAAGCCAAAGAAAACUACAAUGCUGCAGUUUCUUGGGCCUUAGCACUUAUAAAAGACUACACAAUCCGUAAAGCCUGCAACUCAUUUUCGGUAUCCUUCCUUGAGUACUUAAACCACGAUAUGAGUUAUCCAGUGAGGAGAAUGUUUCCAUCAGCCGCCUCAGAGGGACCAAUCAUGAUUGCCAGUGACAGCAUGAUCGAGGAGCCAUGCAACGACCCCAAGAAGACCAGCUGUGCAGGAGAUGAGGAAGAAGCCUGCAGGAAUUCAAAGAGGCUGCUGCCAGACCGGAGCCACGCUGCCCACAACCGUGCUAACCAGAAGCUCGUACAUUUCAUUGUUAACCAGCGCAAGGUGGAGAAGCGCCUUCUGGCUGUGAUUAGUGGGCAGCAGCAGUCCAAGUGGCUUCAAUCCUUUUUAAGUGCCAAACAAAGACGAGUGGUGAACGUUUACCUGGAAGAUGAUCAGCAGUUAGACCAAGUAUACUUUUACCUAAACGGGCUCUAUGCAAGAGCGAAGACCACCUCCCCCUGCGUGGCUCAGAUAGAUAGGGUUCCUUUUGUCUUAGAUGUGCUUUUGCCUGAGCAGGCUAUCAUCCAUGCUAUUGCCGGGGUGGACAAUGUUUCUGUUAAAAAGGCAAAAGAAAAGUAUGACAAAGGCAGAUGUGUUAGCAACAGAGAAAGAGAAGAGUUUGACCUGAAGAUUGAGCAGCAGAUGAGGAUGAAAUCUUUGCAGCAAAAUAAAACUUGUGUUAAUUUGUGCCAUAAUGAAUUUAAAAAAUGAGCAAUAAACUAUGCCAUAUUGUUUUUUAAUCUAUGAUUUAUACAAAUCUCUGUCUUGCAAACAGCUGAGUCCUGUUGGCAACUUGUUUUUUUUUAAAUGAUAAUGGAUCCUGUACAAUCUGAAUUAUGUAGCUAACAAACACAUUGAUAAAAUAAAUUUGAAUAGGAAUUUUUUUCUCUUUUAAAAAAAAAAAACUAAAAUGAAUACUUAAAGUAUUCAUAUGAACCAGAACAUCAAUGGGGGACCUUUCUGUGUGGAGUUUGCAUGUUCUCCCUGUGUAUGUGUGGGUUUUCUCCGGGGACUCUGGCUUCCUCCAAAAACAUGCGUCAUAGGUUAAUUGGUUAAUCUAAAUUGUCCCUAGGUGUGAAUGUGACAGUGUUUGGGUGGGUGUGGGAUUGUGGACACUCAACCCUGUGACAAAUUGGCAACCUGUCCAGGGUGUCCCCUGCUUUUGCCCACAAGUGGCUGGGAUAGGCUCCAGCAGCCCUGUGACCCCAAAAGGGAAUAAAUGGAAGAAGAUGAAUGAAUGAACUAUUCAUAUUUUUGCUAUUAAAUGUCUCAUAACAAUUAAACAUGUAACGACACUC